UCCCCUUCCCUUCCUACCUUCUUCGCUCCCUCCCACAAUCGCUCACUCUUAUAUUCAGUCGCGGCAGAGUUCAGGUUGGGAUAACGGUGUUAUCUGGGAAUGAUGCCGGCGGUUGGAACCGUGGGAGUCGGACUGCUCUGCGCGCUGCUUGUCGCCCUCAUGCCGGGUGGCAUGUCGGACUUGGUGACUCUGGUGCAGGACUCGGUCCGACCCGAAUCGUCACUGCUGAUGCCAAAAGUCAUGAUCGCCAUUCUGGCUCGCAACGCAGCGCACAGCCUGCCGCACUACCUGGGCUGCAUCGACAGGCUAGACUAUCCGAAGGAGCGGAUAGCUAUCUGGGCAGCGACAGACCACAGUGUGGACAACAGCACAGCCAUGCUGAGGGAGUGGCUGAAGCAGGCUCAGGACCAGUACCACUAUGUGGAGUGGAGACCUAUGGAGGAGCCCAAGUCCUAUACUGAUGAGUGGGGGCCCAAGCACUGGCCUCCGUCCCGCUUCAACCAUGUGAUGAAACUGAGGCAGGCUGCUCUUAAGGCAGCACGGGAACGCUGGGCAGAUUACGUACUGUUUGCAGACGGUGAUAACCUGCUGACCAACCCAAAGAUUCUCAACCUGCUCAUGGCUGAGAACCUGACUCUGGUAGCUCCCAUGCUAGAGUCACGCUCUCUCUACUCUAACUUCUGGUGUGGCAUCACCCCACAGGGUUACUACAAACGUACCCCUGACUACCAGCCAAUCAGGGAGUGGAAGCGUCUGGGUUGCUUCGCUGUACCCAUGGUGCACUCUACCUUCCUGCUGGACCUGAGGCGUGGCGCCAGCCGGGAGCUGGCCUUCUACCCCCCUCACCCUGACUACAGCUGGGCCUUCGAUGACAUCAUGGUGUUCUCCUUCUCUGCCCGGCAGGCAGAUGUGCAGAUGUACGUGUGUAACAGAGAGCACUAUGGCUUCCUACCGGUUCCUCUGAAGGCCUCGCAGAAUGUUGACGACGAGAAGGAGAGCUUCACACACACCAUCGCUGAGGCCAUGAUUGAUCACAGCAUAGCACCCUCAGAGUACCUGUACAAUCCCGAGAUGCCGCAGGACAAGAUGGGCUUUGAUGAGAUAUUCCUGAUUAAUCUGAAACGUCGUCUGGACAGGAGACAGAGGAUGUUGAGCACCAUGGCCUCUCUGGGUCUGCAGGCCACCAUCACUGACGCAGUGGACGGCAAGGCUCUGAACUCUUCUCAGCUGCAGGCAUUGGGUAUAGAGAUGAUUCCAGGUUAUCAGGACCCGUACUCUGGCCGUGUUCUAACCAGAGGAGAGAUAGGCUGCUUCCUCAGCCACCACUCCACCUGGGUACAGAUGGCGGAGCGUGGUCUUUCCAAGGUGCUGGUGCUGGAGGAUGACGUGCGCUUUGAGCCCAGGUUUAAGAGACGAAUGAUGACCAUCAUAGAGGAAGUAGAGAAGGCCCAGCUGGACUGGGAUCUCAUCUAUGUAGGGCGUAAGCGUAUGCAGGUGCACCAACCGGAGCGUUCGGUGGAAGGGGUUAAUAACCUGGUGGAGGCUGACUACUCUUAUUGGACGCUGGGCUAUGCCCUGUCAGCGCAGGGUGCCAGGAAGCUGCUGGCUGCUCAGGCCUUCAGCAAGAUGCUACCUGUCGAUGAGUUCCUCCCUGUCAUGUUCAACAAACACCCCAAUUCUGACUUCAUGUCUCACUUUGAGCCUCGGGACCUGAAGGCCUUCUCUGUGGAGCCCCUCCUCCUGUACCCCACCCACUACACGGGCGAGCCGGGCUACGUGAGUGACACGGAGACCUCCACCAUCUGGGACGACGAGGCCACCGCCACCGACUGGGACCGCCUGCACCAGCACGCCAGGAAGACAGAGCAGCAAGGCCGCAUCCACACCGUGGCUCAGAACAGUGUGACGGGAGACUCACCUCCGCCUGCCGCCCGCUCCACACGUGAUGAACUCUGAGAAGGAAGAGAGAGAGACUUGUAGACGUGCUUUUGCACGGACACACACAUGGACAUACACAUGGACACACAAGGACAUACACAUUCACACACUCAUGCGCAUGCACGCACGCAUGCACUCUCUCUCUCUCACACUCACACAUACACACACACACACACACACACACACACGCACACACACACACACACCCAACUGGAUACACAGUCAACUACUCUGCUCAGUGCGUUUUCUCAUUGGCUAUCUGCUGUCUACUAGCAUAUUAGCAGGCUGAGAUGUUAAUCCCAUUGGAUGCCUGAUGAGGGGUGGAGUGGUCUGUGCACUGAGAAAGUGGGCCCAGGACCUCAGAUGUAUUUAUUUCCCUUGCGUUCUACAGUCUGACACACACACACACACACACACACACACACACACACACCCCAAACACAUACACACAUACACAGUCAGAGAGAGACCUUGAAGAGACUCAGAGAGAAGGACUGGGGGGACCUGAACACCCACACCAUGCAGGGACGAUGUGAGAGAGACAGAGACUGGACGACCUGAGACUGCAACAUGCGGAAGACAGAUAUUGUUGUUUGCAGUACAGAGAUAAAACUCACAAACCAAUGUUUAUUGUAUUGUUAAAAAAGGAUGAUUAUUGUAAUUUAAAAAUAACAUGUGGUUUAUGGGCAGCCCAGGGAAUAAAGGAAUCUUACAGCUGUCUGGAAUGACGUGGUGUGUGUGUGCGCUUGUGUGCAUGCAGGCUGGUGUUUGUGUUUUUCCAUGAUCGCAAGUAUACCCAGGAGUGCUGUCAGUUGCUAUGAUGUCAUAUCACUGUCACUACCAGACACACUCAACACGUGUACGUACACACUCAAACACACAUGCAAGAGCGCACACACACACUGUCACAAUCAUUUGCCAUUUGAUUCUUUGUAAGAAGCAUGUCAGGACAGAGAUGAUGGAGGACAGUGUUCCCCUGAGACAGUCAGCCUGUGAACCUGUAGAUACUGUUGUAGCAGUCAGCAGACUGGCCCUGUUACACACAGAUCAGACUACACUCAUCUGGCUUUACACUGAGCUGAGCUCAACCUGGCAUUUCAUCUAACUGGAAUGGUGGUGCUACAAAUCUGUGUUUUCAUUCACUCUGCAGUUUGUUUGUUUGAUUCGGCCAUAUCUCCUGCUAUCAUCUCUGUUAUGGCUACAGGGUUUGAAACGACUAUGGUGUAAGGGUUUGGCCGUGUAUUGCUGUUAUUUCAAUUGUAUCACUAACCCAAACUACUGCACUGUUCCCACGACCUUGUCAUGUCGACCUUACUGUCUGUAGCAUAGACACAGCUUUGGUCAACGGCGACAUUUCACUCAAGAACAUGACUCAUGCACAGUAAAUGGCCACAGUUUUUCGGGCCCCAGUCAUAGUCAAAGCAUGUGCACUGUAUGCAUGUACAGGUAGACACUCCGCUUAGUAUUCAGUACACUAUGUUCUAUCCCAUGGUGUGCACCGUGUUCAGGUUAUAGGAAAUUCCUCUCUGGGUUUUACUGUUCCCGUUCGUAGAAUCAGUCAUUGAGGCUCAGACCUGCAUGGGGAACAGAGGAAGGGAGAGAGAGAAGAGGAGAAACUGUCCAGAACGGAGGAUUUUACGAGACACAUGAGUUCCAUAAAGAGACAGGCAGGUUGGAUAUGGAGAAGUCUGCCUCUGAGCCCUGAAUACUUCUACUGCUGGACAGGAGGAUGAUAAGGAGGAGGCCACAGUAACCUACAGCACCAUAUCAGAACCACACCUCUAACCAUACACGAACAGUAGCUAGCUAUUAUAAGAGCCCAGUGUGGUGUUUGUUUGCCUGAGUGAUUUAACUAACUGUGAUAAUACCUGUGAACAUGUUGAUAUUCUGUCUUGUCUGUGUUGACAUUGUCCCUGAGUCUCAAUCUCCUUCUGUUGAAUUAGAAAGAGGCAAUGUCGCCACCUGCUGGUCAUGAGCAGGUGUUGAAUUUGGAAUUCAGAUGUGGAGGAGCAGCCCCAUUUGACAGGUUAGAGUUAGGGUUGAGCCAUGUUGACUGUUAUCCGCCAUGUCUCUCCACACUUUCCUCUUGUCCUAUGCCCACACCCUGGCUCAACUCUAACCCUAACCCUGGUUUAUAAGGCCAGAGGGGGUGUAGCAUAUGGCCAAUAUACAACGGCUGAGGGCUGUUCUUAUGGAUACCACAGCUGUUAGCUGUGGUAUAUCGCCCAUAUACCACAAACCUCUGAGGUGCCUUAUUGCUAUUAUUAACUGGUUACCAACAUAAUUAGAGCAGUAAAAACUUUUUUUUUGUCAUACCCGUGGUAUACGGUCUGAUAUACCACGUCUUGCAGCCAAUCAUCAUUCAAGGCUGGAAACACCCAGUUUAUAAUGUACUUUUGAUCCUACUUUUUAUCUGGCUAUGAGUGAUAAUGCAAAUGUCAUUGAUUAGAGUUAUUACCUGAACACAAAGGACAACCAGCCAGGGGAUACCGAUGGUACAGAAGGGGAAUGUCUGACUAAAUCAACAACGGCUUGGCUCAUUUAGUAGGAGUCCCCUUUUCAUUCAAUGACCAAUGACCAUAGAGUACAAGGUUGAAUUCUGUUUAUUAAAAUACUUUGGUUCACUCUCAA